AUUCAGUGUACAGAAAGUUUGAAAACUACAGAGAAGCAAAGAAUUUUUGAAUUUAAUUUUUUGUGUGUCUUCAUCAAUCACAUCAAAAUAUUAAAUAGUGUUCUGUUGAUGACCAAAAACAUUUAAAAAGCUAACGAAAUUACGACAUAGCAUUCCAAGAGAGUGAUUCGCCAAUCGAAUUCAGGUAUGAAAGGAAAAUGCCAUUUAUUAGAAUUCAACUUCAUUUUUGCAAUUUUAUACAUUUUUGCCAUCGCUUGUGAUGCCAUCACGCCAUGUUCAGAGAUUGAAGAUCUCAACCCAUGCAGUUGCACUGAGCUUGCUGUGGCAAAGAUCUUAAAACAUUCUAAUGGAACUAUUUCAUCUUACGAGGAGAAGGAGACUUGGGUGACAUGUGACGGUAUUGAUAGCUUAGGAAACCUCACCAUUGCGAUGAAACGUUUGAAAGGAUUUGAAAUAAAUACUGCUGUAAUAUCUUCGUCUAGAAUAGGCUAUCUUCCCAGUCAUCUGUUUUUCGACGUAAUAGUAAAAGAAAUCCAAAUAAGAUACACAAAAUUAAAGUCUUUUACUCAAGCAGAAGAAUCAGCUUUUCUAAGUCUGGAAAACACUUUACUCUAUUUAUCUAUGCGCUAUUGUGGUUUAAUUGAUGGAUUGAAGUGGGAAAAACUUGGAGAAUUGCGUAGCUUGAACACUUUGGAUUUAACGGGAAAUCAUUUAGACACCAUACCUCCACAUUGGUUUAAUAUUCCUCCUCCAGAUCUACAAUUUCUACAUCUCAAGCAGAAUAAAAUUUCUAAACUACACGACUCAUCCUUUGCUAAAAUGUACAGACUGAAGAUUUUAGAUCUGUCUGAAAAUCAAAUUUCAACUCUUAAACGGACCAUGUUUCCGGAUCCAGCAAAUAAUCUCGAGAAUCUGUAUCUGAGUUACAACGAGAUUGAGACUUUACCAGGAGAUUUCUUCGAAGGUAUGUCCAGCCUUAAACGGUUAUAUCUGGACUACAACAAAAUAACAACGCUCCAUGAAACCCCUUGGAAACAGAUCUGGGGGGAAUUAACACAUCUGGAUCUCACGGGAAACCAAAUCAUGUGCGACUGUUCGAUAAAAUGGAUGACAGAAUUAUUAUUACCAUGUUUUUUAUUUGGAGCAUGUGCAGAACCACCAGGCUUGAGAGAAAGAAAACUUAUUUCUUUAUGGCCUUGGGAUUUAGAAUGCCCCAAGUACAGGUCUUCGCCAGCUUCCCAAAACGAGCCUAAGUCCGGUUUUUCUACACGCAAUGCUCCCUUUUCAAAAUAUAGAGCAAAAUGCAAAACGAUUUUGAAAAUGAACCACGAGACUUAAGUUACUUAAAACACCUGUUACUUGAAUGAAUUUGUAAUUUUUAUAAAUUAUAACGCAUGUAAAGCUUAAAUUUUCAUUCGAAAGAGGCACCUUUUUAAAUUUUUACAGCAGGCUGACAGAAUUGAACUCUAGUGAAAUUAAUAAGUAAAAUAUAUGUAUUGAUAUGAACGUAGUUAUUAAAAUAUUUUACAAAGGUG